UUUCAUUCUUUUUUUUUUUUCUUUGUUUUUUCUUCUUCUUCUUCUUAUUGUCUUCCCAUCAUGAGCUUGGCCACCUCGCUGAACAACGUCGCGCUGCUGUCCCAGCAUGUGCUUGUGGACAACCAGCCUGCCAUCCAGCCGCGGCCGAUCAGCGUGCAGCUCAACGCGUCGCUGGACACGGCCUUUGGAGACGCAGACCUCUACAGCAACCUCCAGUCGCAUCUUGCUGGCGAGGCUCGCUUCAUGCGCAAAAUGUAUGCCAAUGUCGAUGAGGCCAUGCGUUACUUUGGCAUCAUUUAUGCAACUCGCUCCUUGUCCAAGGCUCUGCCGCAGGUCAAGACGCAAGAUCAACCCGAUCGCGUGGCAAUCUACGAAAAGACGCACGACAUUCUGCGCCCAGAGGUCGAGAAGAUGAAGGAGUUUAUGCGCUUUGCCAACCGCGCUUGCGCCGAGCUCGUCGAAGUCAUCAAGUACCUGGCUGCCAUCUACAACAAGAACAAGGAGCCCAUCGUGUCGGAGCCGCUCCUGCUCUCGAUUGUGCACCUCCUCAACGGCUUCUCCCUGCUUGAUAACAUGAAGAACAUGAAGACAGCCUGGAACAAUGACUUUGCCAUGUACAAGCGUGCUUGCACCAAUUUGAAGCGCAUGGACGAGGGCGAGACGAUGGAAAACCAGCACUUGUACCUGUUCCUGGCAAACCACGACUGCAUCUCCACCAAACUUCGAACGGACGUUGUGGGCAUUGACGGUUAUGUUGAAGUCCUGACGAGCGUCGUCAACGUGUGCGUUGAUUACUAUGAGGAAGAUCAGUUUGCGCUUCCCGACGAAAAGUACGCGCUUUUGCGUGCCAUGGCCUUUUCGCUGUCCAUGAUUGACGGUAACGACGAGAAGACGAGCAUUCUUCGUAACAAGCGUGUCAAGUUGGACCGUGCCCUCAAGAUUCUCCGAAGCUGGCCAAUCAUUCCGCUGAUUGGCGACAUGCAGAUGGACCCGUCUGCCUACAUGAAGCAUGCGCCGCAUAUUGAGCGCAGCAAGCUGCAGCCGGAAACGGAGGAUGAAAUCCUGAAGCUCCAGACAAAGUACCGCAUCAUCACUUCGCUGGACGGUGAAAUUGUGCGCUUCAAGGACUACAUGAGCAGGUUUGCCAUCUUUUCCAACCAAGUGCGUGCGCAGGAGAAUUGGGAGCCGGCGCCGGACUUUGACCUCCUGGCGCUCGUGUUUGAGGGCAUCAAGCUGCUCUCGAGCUGGACGACGCAGAUUCACGACCAGGCCGCCUGGAAGUAUGCCCAUCCCGUCGACAAGUUCUCCAAUCGCAACUGUCCCGAAACCGCUGGCGAGUACGAGAAGCUCGUCAAAUACAAUUACUCGCUUGAGGAACGCUUUGCCUUGGUGGAGAUGAUUUCCAUGAUCAAAUCCGUGGCUACUGCGCUUCAGACGGUCAGCGCCACGAUUGCGCCGCUCAUUCGUCGCUGCAUUCACCGCGAGCUCUUCACCUUUGUGCAAAACACCCUCCUGGACAUUACCAGCCACUCGAUCAAGAAAAAGCGGCCUUCGCAGUCCGUCCUGGUCAUGAUUCGUGAUAUGCUCAUGGACGCAAAGGCCGUCAUUGAGCUUCCAGACGAAGACGACAAGAAGAAGAAGAAAGGGCCUGCUGGGCCAUCGACCCCUGUCACCUACCGCGCUUGUGCGCCGUCCUCCACCCAGCUCAACUAUGCUCGCGUGCUUCUCGAGUCCUUGUACAACGAGAAGGCUGCCGGCAUGAAAGGCACGCUGAUGAAGGGCAAGGAUUAUUCCAGCCAACAGAUUUUCGAGAUGAUGACCUUCUACAAGCGCUCCUUCUUGUAUCCUUACCUGCUUGAUCUGGACAAGUCCGUGUUGGCCUGCUCGGAUCUUUCGGUUCUUUGGUUUAAAGAGUUUUAUCUGGAAGUUACUCGCUCUGUUCAGUUCCCGAUUGAGCAAUCUUUGCCUUGGAUUCUGACCGACUCUAUCAUCGAGUCGCCAUCGGGCACUGCAACCGAGUACAUGCUCGUGCCCUUGGACUUGUACAACGACAGCGCCAACAGUGCUCUUUGGGCGCUGAAAUCUCGCUACCUUUACGAUGAAAUCGAAGCAGAGGUCAACUUGUGCUUUGAUGAGUUGGUCUUCAAGGUCAGUGAAGCUGUCUUUACCCACUACAAGACUCAAGCCUCAUGCAUCCUGCUCGAUAAGGCGCUGAAGCAUGUACUCGUCGCCAACCAUGUUGUGCGUCACUUGGACGUGCCCACACAUCGAUUUACCUCGUUGCUUCGUCAAAAGCAUGUUCAACUGCUUGGCCGCACGAUUGACUUUUCACAGCUGAUGGCCCAGCGCAUGAACCGCCUCUUGCGCUCCAGCAUUGAAAUGGCUAUUGGUCGCUUUGAGGCGCACGAGUUUGGCACGGGCAUUAUGGAGCUGGAAGGCCUGCUUGACAAUGCUCGCCUCACGCACAACCUUCUGUCCGAGUUCCUGCCCCUUGAUCCGUUUGAGGACAUGCUGCGCGAAGUGGACGAUGCCGUCGAUCUGACCUUGAACAAUGGUCGCAUUUUCUCCCACGUCGUCAUGCAACUCAUCUACGACUUCUUGCCCAACUACUCGUUCAGCUCGGGCACCCAGCAGUUUGUGCGUGCCCCGAUUGAGCUCUCGCAGACGCAAGUGGAGCGCGAUGCCAUGCCAAAGAUCAAGCACUCGCUGCUGUUUGGCAACAAGUUUGUGUACCAAGCGAUGAGCAACGUGUACGAGCCGUUCAAGGAAUCGAUCGGCCUGCAGCAAAUUGCGACCAUCAUCCGCGUUAUCGGCCAGGACAAGAUUGGCGUGCUGAUUGACGAACUGCUCAAGAAUGUCGAAGUCCAGCUGGUCAACAUGGUUUGCCCGUACGUUGAAUCCUUCAUGCGCGGCAUCCCCGUCGACAUGAAGACGCCGCUCUUCCAGUACGGCACGUUGGGAACCUUCCAGUACUUCCAAGCACACUUGAAGCCGAUCUUGGCCUACCGUGACUUGAAGACGGAGGUCUUCCAUGUGUUCCGUGAGCUCGGCAAUUCGCUCAUUUUUGCCCGUUUGCUCGAUCAGUCUAUGCUGCAACGCGAUUUGUUCACCUAUGUUCAAUCUUUGCCAUUCUACACGAUCGAUCGCUCUGGUGUGACUGUUCCCUCCACCACGGGUCAAGUGGAUCCAACUGCCUUCUUCAAAUUCGUCACCACGCAUCUCCAAGGGCAGCCUUUCUCGGAGUCUCUCGGUGGUCGUGCCGAACAGGCCAGCAAGCUCAAUGCGCCUUCCCUGGCACGCAAGUCGCUGUUUGUGCGCGUGCUUGAGCGCUUUGAUGCCUUGUUGGCCCCUGUGCGCGAAAAGUGGCGCGGAUCCCGGCCCACGAAUGGCAUUCUCAACAUUGACGAAACAAGCGAAUUCUACCGCCUGUGGAGUGUGUUGCAGUUUGCCUAUUGCACACCUGGUGCCAAGACGGAAUUUUCCACGCAAACGCUUUUCGGUGAGGGUCUGCCGUGGACUGGCUGCGCAAUCAUCUACUUGCUUGGACAACGGGUUCGGUUCCAAGUCAUGGACAUUUGCUACCACAUCGUGAACGUUCACGCUGUGGACGGUCAAGUUGGCAACAUUGGCAGCAUGAAUAUUGUCGAUUUCAUCCAAGAAGUCAAGAACUACCAGCGCCUGAACGACUCGAUCUUUGCGACGCUUCAGACGUUGUUGCCCGAUCGUGAUCUGCACGGCAACCGUUAUGGUGUGGCACAUCCUCCUCUUGACACCAAGAAGGUCCCAACGUAUGAGUCGUAUGAUGGGGAGCACGGCACCGCCGUAUCUCGAAAGAUUGAGAAAAUCGAGGCUGGCUCAGGUGUCGAAGGACAUGACACGCGCGUGUAAUCUUGGCUCAACCCGCUCUCAGAGCCGGUGCAAUGCUUGUGGUUGUGUCUAUUUCACUUGCUUUUGCAGACAUCGUCGUGCUUUGGCAUGUCUGAGCCUUUUGUUUGUUUGUUUGUUGUUGUUGUUUGAUUUUCUGUGCAGUGCAUUUUGCGUCCAUACAAUUAUGCCUUUUCUAGA